AUGGCAUCCGAAAGCUGUGAUGAAGUUUCCUGGGCCUCAUAUUUGGCUCUGCGCUGGGUCAAUCCUCUGGUCAUCCUCGGGCUGAACGAGCAAGUGCGCCUGGAGCAGAGCCCUCCUCUGGCCGAAAAGGAAGACACCGCAAGGAACACGCGCCGCUUUGUGGAGCUUCUCGCCCAGGAGGAGCGCGACAGAAGGUCGCACCCGCUGAUUCGGGCCAUUUUCUGGGCUUACUGGCCGCAGUUACUGCUGCUGCAGACCAUGAAGAUCAGUCAGUACCUCCUGGGCCUGCUGUCGCCAUUUAUCCUUCAGCGGGUCCUCGUGUUUCAGGAGGCGCAGAAUGAUGGGAAGAAGCUGAGCUCCGACGUGGCGGCUGCUGGAUUUACUGCCGUCGCCGGCCUCAUCAGCCUGGCGCUCUUCAACCUGUUUUACAACACCCAAGUUGAUCUCAGAUUGGCACGGAUUUCGCUGCGGAUCCAGGCGGCACUGAGAGGCUGCAUUCUCUUCCGCGGCGUUCUAACUAUGAACACGGACCUUGCAUUGCAGAUUCUUGGAUUCUGGUACCUUGGUGCCUGUGUUAGUUCUCUGAUGCUGGUUUUUGCGGGUAGCCUACGAGAGGACACCAGGAGGCAAGUCCAGGACACGCUCUCUGUGCACAGCCACCGUUCUCUUCACCUUCGUUUCGCCGACCGGGCAGCAGCUUUCACCGCAGUUUCGAUCUGA